UCCUCCUCCCGUUGGCGGCGGUAAGAAUCCAACAUGGAGUAAAGGCAGGGAUGGGGCUCGGACGGGGCCGCCGCCGCCGCCUCCGCUCGCUCCCGGCCGCCCCGGCCCCAGCGGCGCCCCUCGGCCCGCCCGCCCGCUGAGCGCGCCCCCCCCCCCCUUCGGCCCCGCGCCCCCCACUUUCGGCGGCCCCCUCCCGCGAUGUCGAGCCCCGGGCGGCGGAGAUGAAGAGGCGCAGCGCGGCCGCCCGCGGCGGGGGCUGAGCUUCCCAGCGGGGAGGGGGAGAAGAUGACCGAGGACAGCCGCCCGGACGACGACAGCUAUAUCGUGAGAGUGAAGGCCGUGGUUAUGACCAGAGAUGACUCCAGUGGCGGAUGGCUUCCACAGGAAGGAGGCGGUCUUAGUCGAGUUGGCGUCUGCAAGGUUAUGUACCCCGAGGGAAACGGCAGAAGCGGAUUCCUGAUCCACGGAGAGAGGCAAAAAGACAAGCUGGUGGUACUGGAAUGCUAUGUAAGAAAGGACUUGAUUUACACGAAAGCAAACCCUACGUUUCAUCAUUGGAGAGUUGACAACCGCAAGUUCGGGCUCACGUUUCUCAGCCCUGCCGACGCCCGCGCGUUUGACAGAGGCGUCAGGAAAGCCAUUGAAGAUCUCAACGAAGGAUCCACGACUUCAUCUUCCACCAUCCACAACGAAACCGAAGUUGGGGAUGACGACGUCUUCACGAACGCUACGGAUAGCUCUUCUAAUUCUUCUCAGAAGAGGGAGCAGCCAUUACGAACAUUAGCAUCUUCUCCAUCCUGCGAGCAUCACCGAAUUUGCACCCUGGGACACCUUCACGACCAGUUUAGCUCUGACCACUAUCAUCUGGAACAAUCACUCCCAAGAUCUUACCGACACGUCAGCUUCCCAGAUGACGACGAAGAAAUCGUACGGAUUAAUCCACGGGAAAAGAUCUGGGUGACGGGUUAUGAGGACUACCGCCAUACUCCCAUGCGGGGGAAAUACAUCGACUCGGACGAUGGGGACUCGUACGUUCGGUUUGCCAAAAGCGAGGCCCCCAAACACGAUUACACUUACCCGUACCUGAGCAACUCGGACUUUGACUUGGGGGAUGACAUCAAGGGUGCCGUCGUAAAGACUCAGCCCACCCGGUGCAAACAAGGGCGGUGGAAGGAAGAUGGGGAGAGGUCGCGAUGCCGCUAUUGCAGGGACAUGUUCAAUCAUGACGAAAACAGGCGGGGGCAGUGCCACGACGCGCCGGACCGAGUGCGGGGCUGCAUCCACCGAGUGAGCUGUAUGUGGUGCGCGGACAGCAUGCUGUAUCACUGCAUGUCCGACCCCGAAGGAGAUUACUCGGACCCUUGUUCUUGUGAUACCAAUGAUGAAAAGUUUUGCCUCCGGUGGCUAGCCCUCGUCGCCUUGUCCUUUAUCGCCCCUUGUAUGUGCUGUUACCCGCCUCUACGGGCUUGUUAUCGCUGUGGGGUCAUGUGCCGGUGCUGUGGCGGGAAACACAAAGCGGCUGGAUGACAGCGCCCCGAAGCCUUGUGAAGUGCUGUAUGUUUUUGGUUUUUGAGGGUUCCCCCCCCCCAUUUUAACGAAGGAGCACCUUGGUCUAGAGCAUUCUCAACUGUUAUGUACAUCUGGGUGCAGCCCAGGGAAAUGAAUGGAGUCCAGAAACGGAGCUGACUCGCCCGUCUCCCCUCUCCCACGAGGCUGCCGUGCAUCAAUUCGCUCACCGACGUCUAACACACUAACGUGCAGCAUAGACAUUCAUAUUAUUAAUCUGUAACAGAGAAGAAUGUCCUGUACAUGUUUAUACCUUCUUCCCCCACUUCGCCCCCGCUGAAAGAUUAUAAUAACACGAAUGGUUGAGCGCGAUGGACUUCCAAGCACCUUGCGGUUGGUAUCUGUACACGACGAGUUGUUCGACCCGCAGCCCGUUGUUGCUUCUGUGAACCAAGGUGUGCUUGUUCACAGUGCGUACCACGACACAGUAUUGUUGACAAUCUUUAGCGAGACAAUUUUGUGCCAGCGACAAGUUUUUGCAUUUCUUUGGACCGUCGCUUUCAGUGGUUUUCUAGAAUUUCAAUCAAUCGAGCAAAAUAUAUUCAGUUUGAGCCUUAGUACGUUUGGGGAAUGGGAAAGCUUCAUUUUUCAGACCAAUUUUUUUGUACGAAAGGGAAAUGUUUGAAGGAGUGUCGCUCUUUCUUCCCACGCGCCUUAAAUAAAACUUCAGUGCUGACAUUCUU